UGCGUAUGAUCCAACCGGCUGCAAGAAAUAGGACAGCGGUGGUGGAUCCGUAUCUCGACGUCCACGCCGGAAUAGGGGAAGGGGAAAGGGAACACACGGGGUUUGAUGCUUCGCCGAGAAUCGUCUUCAAUCUCUUCUAUCCGAGGGUGAUGGCAGAUCCAUCGUUGACGGGGGCACUCCAAUACCUGGAAGCGCAGAGGCAUGCGCAGCCGGAGCUGGCCGAUUGGUACAGCGCCUUUGCGGAUCUGUACCAGCGGAAGCUAUGGCACCAGCUGACGCUCAAGCUCGAGCAGUUCGUUCGCUUGGCCGUCGUCCAGGCGGGUGAUUCCCUUAUACAACUAUAUCAUAACUUCAUUGCAGAAUUUGAGACAAAAAUCAAUCUCCUGAAGUUUGCACACUUUGCUGUUGUAGUAUCACAUCAGUAUUCAGAAAAAGAAGCUGCAAUCAGCUAUCUAGAUGGAAUAAUUGAGAAGUUGCAUGCCACAAGGGACUUGCAGAAUGAGGAAACUAUCGUUUAUGUAAAUAUGCAAAUAGCUGAAAUUAAUCUGGAAAUAGGAAAUCAAAAGGAGUGCAAAAGGCUUCUGGAACAGGGGAAGAGUACACUAGAUAGCAUGACUGACAUUGAUCCAUCGGUUCAUGCUAAGUAUUAUUGGAUGUCCUCUCAGUAUCAUAAAUCUCGUCAAGAGUUUGCUGAGUUCUAUAAGAGCACUCUCCUUCAUUUGGCCUACACUACAGUAGAGACACUUUCGGAAUCAUUCAAGUUGGAUUUGGCAUUUGAUCUGUCCCUUUCUGCCUUGCUCGGUGAUAACGUAUUCAAUUUCGGGGAAUUGCUUGCUCAUCCAAUUAUCAAUAGUCUGACUGGGACCAAUGUGGAGUGGCUUUACCAUAUCCUUCAUGCUUUUAACAGUGGAAACCUACUUCGCUAUCAAGAACUUUGUCGUGUACAUAAUAUCGCUUUAUGUGCACAGCCGGCAUUAGUGGAGAAUGAGAAGAAACUACUUGAAAAAAUUAAUAUUUUAUGUUUGAUGGAAAUCAUCUCAAGUCGGCCAUCUGAAGAUCGAACCAUUCCAUUGAGUGUCAUUGCUGAACGAACUAAACUUUCGAUUGAGGAUGUGGAAUAUCUUCUUAUGAAAAGCCUCUCCGUUCACCUCAUCGAAGGCAUAAUUGAUCAAGUGGAGGGCACAGUCCAUGUUUCCUGGGUGCAGCCGAGGGUUUUGGGAAUUCCUCAAAUAAGUUCUCUGCGUGAUCGGCUGGAUACCUGGGUGGGAAAGGUGCGGCAAGCCUUGUUGUCGGUCGAAGCCGAGACACCUGAUCUGGUGGCUUGUGCCUGAUGCGCAAGAGAGAAAAGGUGUUUCUGUAGCCUUGUGCCAUGGUUUUGUUGAUGACUUUUGUACGCAGCUGAAUCUGUAUUCUGCUAAGUUUUCAGGAUUUCUCUGAACUUAAAGAGGGCACAAACAAGAUAUGACUUGAGUUCCAAGUUCCUAGGCGGGUGACAUCUCGUAGCCAGAUGAUAAAUUUUACUUGUGAUUCAGGAACAAUGUUCCCUGUUGAACAUUUAUGCAGAAAAUGCCAUUCGUUUUUACAUCUCUA